AUGUUUUCAUAUUUUAGUACUUCUGUUUUAGCAGUAUAUUUUAUGCUAACGGGAGAUACAAGUUCAGUUUCUUCAUGGGUUUUAAAUAAUAAUUGGACUUUAGCAUUUUUGUUAGUUAUAUUUUCAUUCUUUACAACAGUUUAUUUAAUGAAUCUAUUUAUUUCAUUACUUGGAAAUGCUAUUGAUGAUAAAAAUAACGAAGAAUCUUUUUUGCAACUAAGAGGGGAG